CUCAGCUCCUCGCUGUCAAAUAUUUGGUGCGCUAGUCAGUGGAGAAGGCAUUUGGAAUAACCGGCCGGCAAGCUGAAAGAACAGAACGGAGACCGUUUUACUUUCCUGACACCCAAGCCUAACCACAGGUAUGAAGACACCGCUGAGUCCUGCCCACUUCAUAGAGCAUGGCCAGAUGGCCUUCCCCUUUCAAGGCUGUCUGGAGCUGAAUCAGCUGAUGGGGAUGGAACCUACCACCAACAGCCAAGCCCAGAUCAACAUGGAUAUACAGCAACAGCAGCAGGAGAAGAAGAACCUGUUCUACUCGAUGUGUGAUGUGUGUAACAUCCAGCUGAACUCCCAGGCUCAGGCCCAGGUGCACUAUAACGGGAGGUCCCACCUGAAGAGGAUCAAACAGAUGAACAAUGGGGAGGUUCCUCCGGCUCCAGGACCAGCUACUGGGUCUCUACCCACCUCUACACUAACCCUUAGUACCAGCACCACCAGCAGUAGUACAGGAAGUUCAUGCCAUAGCAACACACUGCCUGCGCUGGUGCGGAAUCAGUCUCUGAUGAUGCAGUCCACUUUGGAUAUGAAACCCUUUAUGCCCUUCCACCAAGUGGACACCUCCUCUAGUGUGGGACUCUUCCCUAAUUUUAACACGAUGGAUCCCGUCCAGAAAGCUGUAAUAAACCACACGUUUGGAGUCUCCAUCCCUCCGAAGAAAAAACAAGUGAUUUCCUGUAACAUCUGUCAACUCCGCUUCAACUCAGAUAGCCAAGCCGAGGCGCACUACAAAGGCAGUAAACAUGCCAAGAAGCUCAAAGCACAGGAGAACACCAAGAAUAAGCCGCCUAAGAGUUCCCUUCCUCCUCCUCCACUUCCUCCUCCCCUGGACAGUGCUAAGACAAUCACAUCCACAACCUCCACCACCUUGACCAGCAAUGUCACGGGUAGCAACUCUGACCAACCAGAACAAAUCGCAGUGCCUCCUAGCACGGCAGAUAAAACCUUGGCUUCUCCAAAUUCUUUCGUCCCCGUCAUCUCCACCUCCUCCUCCCUGGCAGCUUUAACAGCCAUGGCCGUCCCCAGUCCCUGUAAUCCCGUCCUAUGUGAUCCCACGCCUGCCAGCCCCCCAUCAGCUACACAAGUACAACUACAGGGGCCUGUUAUGAAGAGCAGUGGCAGCAUCAGCACCAAGCCUGUGCUCACGGCCCCCAACACUGCCGCUGCUACAGCAACUCAGCCCACGCCAGAGUCGGAGGAGGAGGAAAAAGCCAAAAAGCUCCUGUACUGUUCGCUUUGCAAAGUGGCCGUCAACUCUCUAUCACAGCUGGAGGCCCACAACACAGGUUCAAAACACAAAACUAUGCUUGAGGCGAGAAACGGCGCAGGCCCAAUUAAGGCCUAUCCCAGACCGGGCUCAAAGCUCAAAGUCCAGGCCACCACCGUGCUGAAAGGCUCCGGACUGCAGAACAAGACAUUCUAUUGUGAGAUCUGUGACGUCCACGUCAACUCAGAAAUACAGCUCAAACAGCACAUCUCCAGCAGAAGGCACAAGGACAGAGUGGCUGGGAAACCGAUGAAACCCAAAUACAGCCCUUACAACAAACAACAACGCAGCUCCACAGUCCUAGCCGCAAAGCUGGCUCUUCAGAAGGACCUGGUGAAGCCUAUCUCCCCUGCUGCUUUCCUCUCCAACCCCUUCUGCCCCACCACUGUCCCCUCUAUCACCUUGCACCCGCGGCCCAACUCCUCUAUCUUUCAGACUGCUGGCCUCCCAGGCUCUAUGGGCUCCAUGGGCUCCUUCCUCCGGGCUGCUCCAGGGCCCAUCCGGCCCACCACCGGCUCUAUACUCUUCGCCCCAUACUGAUUCCUGGAUCGUGACACCAGGGUCGUGUUCAGUAGGCAGAGAAUGAAAGAAAAUGGCAGAAACUGAGUGAAUCAGGGUGGUACUAUCUGAGCUCGUCCACUAAUUAAUGCUUGUUUUUGUCUCCCGUUUUCCCUACGGUGUGCCCUAAUGGACACAACCCUGUGUAUCGGUAUGAGCCAGGGAGCCAGAGGUACAGUAACACAAAGGGGAAAAUGACAUGAGUAGACAAACAGUGACCACGAGUAGACUCCUCUGACCACGUGGAACAGUGAGUGGAUGACAUCCUACUACAGACAGUACCUCCCAGGUGCACUGAACUGAGAGGAAUACUACACUGCGAAGCUUGAACGAACAACAGUGUAUUUAUUUGAUUGAACUUGCCUGUCUGCGUGCGUUGCCCUGAAGCAUGAAGAACAGAGGUAUAGUGGGCUCGCUAAGACCACUGAGGGUCUAAGUAUUGGGAUCUUGUGGAAUAAUAAAGAGCAUCAAACAGCUUCCUGAAUGACUUGAAUUACCAUAGUCUUCCUAUUUGAUUAAAAUAAUGGACAGCUCUAGCUACAUGCGUAUGACAGUGUUCAUCAUAACAGCCCCCAGACAGAAGCGCAGUCAUACCCUAUUCACACUAUAGGGCCAACCUGAACAGCACUGGGCUGGCUUGUAUAUUUUCUUCUCACAUUGUCCUUUCCAGUACGGUUUAAGCAACUACGGUGGAUGUGCAACCAGGUCAGAGCAGUUCAGCGUGGCUCUGCUUGGUCUAGACCAGUAGUGUGAAAAACGGUAUCAUUGCACUUUUACAGUUGUUGCUUGAUGUCAUGAGUCAUGGACUGUACGUUAAUACAGUAAUGCAGUUUUGGCCACGGUUCUGUCCUGGAUUAUGGAAGGCAAAAAGCUGAAUCUCUGUUAUGAUCGUCAAAUAGUCUGGCUUCAACUUACAGUAGAUAUUCAUUGUAAUUGUUUAGUAACAGUGUUCUCAGUUCCUCCACUUUAGAGAGAGAAACCAUUCUCUUGGUUUUUCAGUAAGAGCCAAAUGUUAACUUGAGAUGGAUUCAGGUCAAUGGGAGACUUCAAGUCUGUUAAAGAAAAUGUUAGUUAAAGCUCAAACACACCGGUAGGAUUGUCAAACGUUUGCCUGCCGACAGUACUUAGCACCUCGGAACAGAGUGUCGGCAGUGAAUAUCUUUAGUGUUAACACAGCAAAGACCUUGAAGUCGUCAGCCACUCAGCCUUGUUAAAAUACUCCAAACCAGAAGGUGGCAGUAGCAUUGUUUGGCAAUACAUGUCCAUGUGCGUUCCUUAUGGUCUAGAUUCCAAUGUUAGCUGCAGUGCUAAUGUUGCUAUAUUGUAGAAAGCCCUUGUUGAUACUAGCCAGAUGGCCACAGCUAGAUAACUACCUUGCAAGAUGACGAAGAAACCAUUUCAUUUACUUACCAUAAUCACAUACUGUAGGGUGUCCAAUCAAAACGCAUCUUUUGACCAAUGGGUAAAAUAAUAUGUUAAUUAUUUAUACAAACCCCAACAACAACAAAAAUGGUCUAAACCUCAUGUCUCUAUCAUAAUCUGUUCAAAGCUUAUUGGAGAUGUUAUCCUUGUAGGAUGGAUCAAAUUAGGCUGACUAAAUCAAUGGAGGUCAGAGAAAAAAAAUAGGUAAAAAAUCUGGAGAAUAGCAUUGCAUCAUCUAGGCUGGAUGCUGUGCGAGAAUUAAGGCUACAUAACAGGCUUACCAUUAAACUUGUCAUCUUUCUUUUAAAAUCCAGAUGACAUAAUACAAUAUAGAGGUAAGAUAAAUACAGUGCCUUGCGAAAGUAUUCGGCCCCCUUGAACUUUGCGACCUUUUGCCACAUUUCAGGC